AAUUAUGAAUAUGUAAUGUGUUUGUUUAUACAUUUUUGUCAUCUUUAUAUUAAAUAUUAUUUCUUCCUCUGUUCACAGGCAGAACAUCCUGUUUAUUGGAGCGUAAGAGAAUGGUGUGAAGGUUUCAGGAAGCUCCUGGAUUACUUGGGGUUGCAUAAAGUACACAUGUUUGGAGCAUCAUUGGGUGGAUUUUUGGCUCAGAAGUUCGCAGAAUCAACAGUAAACUGUCCAAGAGUUGCUUCACUUGUGCUGUGCAAUACAUUCACUGAUACAACAGUGUUCAGUUACAGUGACUCUGCAGCAGUGUUUUGGAUUCUGCCUUCACUAGUCCUGAAGAAAAUGGUAAUGGGAAAUUUUACUGCAUUUCGAGUUGACAGUAGAAUUGCAGAUUCAAUAGACUUCAUGGUAGAGAGACUUGAAAGUCUGAGCCAGAAAGAACUGGCCUCAAGACUAACAAUGAAUUGUGUUAGCUGCUAUGUUGAACCACAGAAGUUAAGUGGACUCUCUGUCACCAUUUUGGAUGUAUUUGAUGAUUAUGCACUGUCUAAUGCUGUCCGAGAAGAAAUGUAUAAAUGUUACCCAUCAGCCAAACUGGCACACCUGAAGUCUGGUGGCAAUUUUCCAUACCUAAGCCGAAGUGACGAAGUCAAUCUUCAUUUACAAAUUCACUUGCGAGCUUUUGAAGGAACAGGUCUGAGUGCUUCAGAAUCAGAGCAGCAGGAACGAAGUGUUCCUACACUGCAGCAAAAUACAUAACAUAUCUUCAUAUCAUAAUGUUAAUUUUCUACAAAACUUGUUUUAUGAACAUGUGUGCAGCAAUCAUAAAUAUACAUAUAUAUUUUUGUAAUUAAAGAAGAAAAGUGUGAUAUUUAUGAAGUAGUACUGCUCAAUAUUUUGUAUAUAUGUAUUUGAACAUUAUCUGUAUACUAUGAUAACAGUGAAUUUAGCUUAGAUACAGAUAUUGUAUUGCGCUUCCAUGAUUAACUGUACUGUUAAGUAUAAACAUUUUGAUACAGUAUUGUGAAAGUAAGUUUCAUAAAAGUGAUCUGCUUUGUAAAGGGACCAUCAUGUAAAUGAGUCAUUCCAAUGACACAAAUCAUCCUGAUUAAAUAAUUCUGAUCCUUGUGAAUUGCAGAAUUUCAAAUAUUAAAUCCAAUUAAAGUUUUUAGGCAGGUUAACCCAAUAUUGACUAAUCACUGAGCCUUUCUGGAGUUCAUUUUUAAGAUUAUGAUAGUAUGUCUUAGAAAAACAAGUGGAAUUUGACAGUGAGCCACCGAGACAUAACAGAAAGUUGCAUUAGUAAGUUUGUGAAUUAAGAAACACUAGUGAACAAUA